GGAGAAGUUUCUUCCGUCAGGCGAACAAUCUACCUGAUCGUGAUCACGUUGCUAUGAUCAUAUUUCACGUAUACGUUCAUCACACCGAAAGAGCACGUGGUGACCUCCGUACACACAUAGAAACACAAAUCUUUACCGAUACCCUAUUGUUAAAUCACUUUGCACAUGAUCUGAUUUCGUACCACAAUCCCACAAAGCACGCACAUACACAUCCUUGACAAAUGAAACCACACACACGCACCCCAUCCCCAGAAUUUCGCAGCUCAAACCACUCGCAUCUCCCUCUCCUCCCACAAGUGGAAACCUGCACGAAGGACUAAGGG